GGGGAAGAAAUACCGAAGGGGGGCUUUCCAACUGAGACAUCAACAGCCAGAAGAAUGAGCGGCGGCUCCAUUUUGCUAUGUUCCCAUCUCGAUUUAAAAAAACAUUUACUUUAAUAUUGUUUUUACGAUGUCAGCUACCGAUAAAAUACUCUAGCUGCCUAUUUUAAAAACGGAGUUCGGUCGUUUUCAUUGUAAGCGGUUACAUUGUGGCGUUCGCCUUCAUGAACGUGCCAUUCACCGACGCUCCAUUUAUAACAUAGUAGCUCCUGAAAAACGACGUUGCAUUUGUCAACGUUACAGAUCUGAUUCAUGUCAUGUCAGCAGGGCGGAAUGCGGACGUGCGGGAGCUGCAGAUCCCCCUCCAGCAUCGCUCUCCCUCCCUGGCUGCUCUCUCUCUGGCCCAGCGUCCCUGGCCCAGCGACCCCGAGGCAGGCUUCUUACCCCAGCACGGGGGCUUCUGGGACCACUUCAUAGCCACCCCAGAGCCCAAAUACUGCUGUGAGGCCUGCAGGCUAGUGCUCUGCAACCCCAGGCAGACAGAGUGUGGACACCGCUUCUGUGAAACCUGCAUCUCCGAGCAGCUAAGCAAACCAAAUCCAGUAUGUCCAGCCGAUAUGGAGCCUCUGUUCAAAGACAAGAUCUUCCGUGAUGUGUGCUGCCAUAGAGAGAUCAUGGCUUUGAGAGUGUACUGCAGGAGUGAGAAGAAUGGCUGUAAGGAGCAGAUGAGUCUACAUCAGGUCAUGGAUCAUUUGAAUGUGUGUCCGUAUUUUGAGGUGCCAUGCCCUUUAGGAAAGUGCAAAGAGAAGAUGAUGCGCAAAGACAUUCCUGAGCACUUGAGUUGGAAAUGUAAACACAGAGAGACCACCUGUGAAUUCUGCAUGCACAAGAUGGCCAUGACUGAAUUACAGAAACACAAAGAAACCGUUUGUCCUUCAUUUCCGGUGGCCUGCCCCAAUCAUUGUACUUUUCCCUCCAUCUUACGGAGCGAGCUGACAAGUCAUCAGCAUGUGUGCCCCAAGGCUCAUGUCACCUGCUCCUUUAUCCGCUUUGGAUGCAAUUUCAAGGGUCUCAACCAAGACAUGAGGGAUCAUGAAUCAAGCUUUGCCUCUGAACACCUGCGGCUGAUGGCAACCAGGAACACUACGCUGGAGGCCAAGAUGGAGGAUGUUAAAGGAGAGCUUCUGGAGCGGUACAAGGUUCUGCCAGGCCUAAGCAGCCGUCUGUCUGAAACAGAGUCUCAGUACGAGGAGAUGAGGGAGAAUAACAGACAGCUGGAGCAGAAGCUCACUACCAUGCAGAACUUGAUGAGUUCCCACUCUGAGAAGCUUUUGGAGAUGGAGCUGGAGCUGAGGUCUCUGAGGACCAUCCGAGAGGAGGUGGAAACACUACGAGGCACCGUGGAGAGCAUUCGUUCCAGGGUUGCAACGCUAGAGGGAGGAAGGGGCGGGGCCAUCCCAGCCACACACACACUAGGUUCUUUAGAGACACAGCUCUCCCGUCAGGACGACAUGCUGAGUGUCCACGAGAUCCGCUUGGCCGACAUGGACCUGCGCUUCCAGGUCCUAGAGACGGCCUCCUUCAAUGGGACGCUCAUCUGGAAGAUCCGUGACUACAAGCGGCGGAAACAAGAAGCCGUGGCGUCAAAGACCCUGUCUCUCUACAGCCAGCCUUUCUACACUGGAUACUUUGGCUACAAGAUGUGUGCCCGGGUCUACCUGAACGGAGACGGCAUGGGGAAAGGAACCCACCUGUCUCUGUUUUUUGUGGUGAUGCGUGGCGAGUACGAUGCCCUGCUGCUCUGGCCCUUUAAGCAGAAGGUGACUCUGAUGCUGAUGGACCAGGGCCCAGCCAGGAAGCAUCUAGGGGAUGCCUUCAAACCAGACCCCAACAGCAGCAGCUUCAGACGACCCACGGCAGAGAUGAACAUAGCCUCGGGCUGCCCGCUGUUCGUGGCCCAGACUGUGCUGGAGAACGGUACUUACAUCAAGGAUGAUACCAUCUUCAUUAAGGUCACAGUGGACACAUCUGACCUCCCUGAUCCUUGACCCCUGGUCUGUAGAGAACAGCAGAUGUAUCUGGAUCAGGGUGCUCUUAUGUGAGAGAGAUUGCAAAAGAUGGAAUGGAGAGAGCAGAAAGAAGGAUGGAGAACAAGAAAAGAACAGAAGUUAGAAUAAGAGUAAGGUUUCUUUGCAGAUCUCAAGGUGCAGCCUAAGCCUGCAGAAAGAGCUGGGUGGACCUCAGAGCAGUUGCCUUUGGUGCCUGUGUUGCUCACCAGAUAGGUGAGAGAAGGAAAUUGUUAUUUUUCAACCAGGCUGAAUGUUAAAAAGUCUAAGGAAUGCCUAUAUUACUCACGGCAGGGAGAGGUAUAAAUGGCAAUGGAUAGUGGAUCAUUCUAACCCAAGUUAUCAGGAUGCAACCAUCAUCAAACUACAUGGACCCAGUAUGUAUGUGUGUAUGUAUGUAUGUGUGUGUGUAUGUAUGGAUGGAUGGAUGGAUGGCAAUCUACCAGAACUAAAAAUCAUAUAGAAUGGAGAUAGUGAAUAUAUUUCAGUAGACAUUAAUCAUUUCUGCCUUGAAGAACAUGGGACAGUGCAUCAUCCAACACAAGUCGAGGUGUGGAGAUAGUUGGGCACGGGACAACUAUCUUCUGUAAUAGCAAAUAUCUGUGAGAACUCAUUACUUGACGUUGAUGAAACAUGUCUACAUUAAAGGCAGAAGAUACAAUCCCACAUGACAUGUUGAAUAAGGAGAUACAAUGCAAUAUGUGGUUGUGUAUGUUGUUUGCAUUGCUGGUGAAGUUUGGUUGUAUUAUUGCAUUGUUAAAGUACAGAAUGUAACAUACAGUAUGUAUGUUUCUAGUCUUGUGAUUGUGUUGGAGAAAGUUGUUGAUUGACAAGCUUUUAUUAACAGGUGGUGUGUGAGCAGUAGGGUGUGUCUUGUGUGCAGGCUCUUAUUUCAGAUUUGGUUUUAGUGGACCUGGUCUGCAUCUGAAAUGUCAUUCUGCUACCUAUAUUGUGCACUACUGUUGUCCAGAGCUGUACAAAAGUAGUGCACUAUAUAGGGAUCUGUGUGCCAUUUCAGACACAGACAAAGAUGGCACAAAGGAAUGGAUACACACCGGUACAGCAAUGCCACUGUCUCGCGGAGUUAAGAAUAAGACUAGCCUUUCAGUUUGAAGAUCUAUGAAGAUCUGUAAAUUACUUCUAUACUGCUUUUUGUAACUUACACAUUGUUUUGUAAUGUUCAGAACAGAUGCUGUGCAUCAUAUUUUUUUUGUAACAGUUGGGAAAACAAAAUGCCUCAUUAAAACUCCAACCAUGUUGAUUGAGCUGAGACAAAGUGACAGUGACUUGUUUUCAUGAUGGUUGAUGGAGAAUGUUAUUUGCACAAGUUAUGUUUGAAUGUGUAUUAAUAAAAUUGUUCAACAAAACUUGAA